AUGACUGAUGUCUUAAAAAUAACCAGUAAUGUCUCACUAUCUCCAUAUCUGUCGUACAGAAAAGAAGAAGAAGUUAAGGGUCAGAUUAUCAAUAUCAUUGAAGAACAAGAUGUUGGUUCUAUCUCAGACUUUGAAACGCCAGGGAAGAUAAUAAGAGGUUUAAAAUCGAGACACAUUCAGUUAAUUGCCCUCGGGAGUGCAAUAGGUACUGGUUUAUUUAUUGGUUCUGGGGGCGCUUUAAGUGUGUGUGGGCCCGCGCCUUUAUUAAUAUCUUACAUUAUCAUGUCCUUUUUUGUCUGGACAAUUAUGAAUCAACUGACAGAGAUGGUUGUACUCAUUCCACUUCCUGGAGAAGCAUCCUUGUAUUCACUAACUAGAACUUAUGUGAAUCGACCCCUUUCUUUUAUGUCAGGAUGGAAUCUGUUUUAUGCAUUAGCGAUGAUUCCUCCCAGCGAAAUAACAGCAUGUGCGCUUUUGAUUCAAUAUUGGACUGAUGCAAACUCUGCUAUCUUCAUUUCCAUUUUCAUUGCUUGCUCCGUUAUGUUAACUAUGUUACCAGUGAAAUUCUUUGGUGAGAGUGAGUUUUGGGUUUGUAUGAUCAAAAUCUUGACGAUUACAGGCCUUAUUAUAGUUGGGAUAGUCAUUUUCUUUGGAGGGGGGCCAUCUCAACAUCAUGUUUUAGGUUUUCACUAUUGGAAGACGCCUGGCGCUUUCAAUCAUCAUCUAACGGGAGGGAACACUGGUAAAUUUCUUGCAGUGUGGACGGCAAUUAUUAAAAGUGGUUUUUCUUUCGUUUUGGUUCCUGAAACUGUCACCUCCUGCUCUGCAGAAUCAGUCAACCCGAGAAGAAAUAUGCCACGAGCAUGUCAGAGGUUUGUUUACCGUUUGGCUUUGUUUUAUGUCGUAGGUGUUUUGGUAGUCGGUGUUGUUGUAGGAUAUGAUGAUUCUGACCUAAUGAACGCUGUUAACGCUGGUAAAUCAAAUGCGGCAGCUUCACCUUUUGUAAUUGGGAUCAAAGAAGCCGGAAUCAAAGUUUUGCCUCAUAUAAUCAAUGCGUGCAUACUUACAAGUGCAUAUUCCUGUGGUACUGGCGAACUCUAUGGUUGUUCAAGAACCCUUUACUCCAUGGCAAUGAGCGGAGAUGCUCCAAAAAUCUUUGCAAAGGUGAAUAGAUAUGGGGUGCCAUAUUAUAGCACUGCAGUUGCCAGUCUUUUUACACUCCUCGCUUACUUGAAUUGUUCCAAGUCUUCUUCUGUUGUUUUCAACUGGUUGUCGAACAUCGCAACGAUUUCGGGAUUCGUUAGCUGGGUUUUUGUGUCUUUAACAUAUCUUAGAUUUAGAAAUGUUAUUGACAUUCUUGAUCUCAAUGAUCGUGUUCCUUUUAGGCGCCCAUUUCAACGUUUUUUUGCCUACCUAUCAGCAGGUUUUUUCUCUAUUUUGGGUCUGACCAACGGAUAUGCAGUUUUCAUUGAAGGCAACUGGAACGUAAGUGAUUUCUUUGCUUCUUAUGUAACAAUUGGUUUUGUUUUGGUCCUUUUUAUUGGAAGCACUGCAUAUUACAGAGAAUUCAGGUUUAGAAAUCCAAAGGAUAUUGAAAGAGAGAUUCUUCCCAAAAUUGAUAUUGCGGAUGAGGAGGAGAGAAAUGAAAUUGUUCCAGUUCCAAAGAAUUGGAUUGAAAAGAUUUGGUACUUUAUCAUAUGA